AUGAAUCGUCAUCAUCGGCUUCCACUGACAGCAUUGCGCAAUGAUGCCAAUGUCUUUGCGUCACGACUGGAUGGAUUGGACGCGCCUACCGUCUGGCAUGAGUUUUCACCCUUGGCUCAAGAAUACGAGUCCAUCAAUUUGGGGCAAGGCUUUCCCGAUUGGAAUCCUCCUGAUUUUUGCAUUGAUGCCAUGAGACAAGCAACGGACCCCAAGUUCAACAGAAAUGCCAAUCAAUAUGCCCGUUCCUAUGCGCACCUACCAUUGGCCAAUGUUUUGGCAGAAGGGUAUUCCAAAAAAUGGAAUCGAGAAAUCAAUCCAGCCACUCAAAUUGCCACGGCCUCUGGUGUCACAAAUGUUUUGUAUUGUGCCUUGCAAGGACUGAUUGACAAGGGUGAUGAAGUUUUGCUGUUGGAACCCGCGUUUGACAUUUACUCUUCCCAAGUCAACAUGGCUGGUGGAACUUGUGUCUAUUGUCCACUGCGACCUGAUCUAACAAGUAAAGGAACCGCCUCGGAUGUCUUUACCCUGGACAUGGACGAGCUUCGCAGCAAGAUAACUGACAAGACCAAGGUUUUGAUUCUAAACACGCCGCACAAUCCAACCGGCAAAAUGUUCAGUUUGAAGGAACUACGAGAGAUUGCACAAACUGUCUUGGAGCAUCCAAAUCUUAUUGUCAUUUCGGAUGAAGUUUACGAACACAUUGUCUUUGAUACGAAAGAGGAACCACACUUGAGCAUCGCCAGUAUUGAUGACGGCAUUCUGUGGGACCGCACAUUGACCAUGUCCUCUUCUGGCAAAACAUUUUCCUGUACGGGUUGGAAAGUGGGUUGGGCCAUUGGACCGCCUCAUCUGGUAAAGGCAGUCACGGCCAUUCAACAGUGGGUAAACUUUUCUUCCGCGACACCCACUCAAGAUGCAAUUGCGCUUUCCCUGCAACAAGCCAAGGAACCCUAUCAGGGAUUCGAUAAUUACUACGAAUGGUUAGCUAAUGAAUAUGAACGGAAGAGGGGCUUGCUGACAAAGGCACUUCAGGGGGCAGGAAUGAAUUCGAUCACGCCACCGGGAGGAUUCUUCAUCAUGGCAGACACUAGUCAGAUUGACUUUCCAUAUGAAACGAUUGCGAAGCAGCCUUCCGAAGCCAUGCCUUCUGCUCAAAUGCCACGAGACUGGGCACUGAGUCGGUGGUUGACCCAAGAAGUUGGAGUGACGGCCAUUCCACCGUCAGCCUUUUACUCGGAAUCCAAUAUUCAUUUGGCCAAGGAUACCUUACGGUUUGCCUUUUGCAAAGGCGAUGACACCAUCUUGGAGGCUGGAAGGAGAUUGAACGUCUACUUUUCAUAG